AUGACCAAGAUACCAGCCACCAAGAAGAUGCAGAGUGUCCCCAACUCGGGGGCCCUCUGGCCCUUUUCUGUCUCAGAACAUCUGACACAGGUGCCAGACAAGCCAAUGAGGAGCAUCAAGUAUAUGGACAAGGAAAUAAUAAACCUCAAAAAAGACCUUGCACGAAGCCGCGUGUUGAUUCGGUCGGUAAAGAUGGGCCGCGGAUACUUCAGCAUGCUGCAAGAGGAGAGUGCCUUGAAAAAGAAGCUACAGCAACUUCAGAAACUCAAAGAAGAAGAAAGACAUAAAUUCCAGCCAGCCAAAAAGAUGUCAGAAAUCCAUUAUGGCGAAAUUCUUUUGACCACAUACAAUGACGAGAAGGUUAAGAAGAUGGGCGCUGGAGUCAUUCGCCCAUUUACCCCCGUGCACAGCUGCAUCAUCUUGCCCUCGCUACCUGAGGCUCAUGUGGAGCCCCUCUUCCGCCAGCUCUGUGCCCUCCACUGGCUCCUGGAGGCCCUGACUAUCGACCACACCCACCACAUCAUGAAGCCCGUGAUCACCUGCUGGAAUCCAAAGGACCCGGGUGGAAGCAAGAGCACAAUAAAGAAAAUCAAUAAGGACAAGUCCAUGGGACAGAGGUGGGAGCACUUUGUCACGGCGCCGAAGACCAAGAAAUUCAAAAUUCCUGUACUCCGCGUCACCAGCCGCAAACCAAGCCGGCGAGGCUCCACACUCAGUCUGUCUCGGACCAGCGGAGGAUCAUCCCCUCAGAGCAGCAUGGUCUCCAUGAACCCUGGCUCAGAUGAGCCCCCGAGUGUGAUCACCCAGGCGACAGUCAGCAAGGACAUUGAGGACAAUGAAUCAUCUUCAACCAAGCCUGACGAAGAACCUCUCCACAUCAAUUUGCAGAAGCUGCUGGAGAUGGUGCGGGAAGAUGCCCGAAGGACAGUCAUGUUGGAAAAUGGGAUGCAAAGAAAAGCACCCAGUAUCUUGUCAAUGCUCAGACAAAACAAGAGUGAUUCUGCCUAUAAAGACAUGCAGCCCCCCCGCAAAUCAAGUGACCGAUCCAGCAGUUCAAGUGGAGAAAGCCACACCCAAGUCAUCCAGAAGAAGUCUAAAAGCCGCACCAACCGUGACAUCAUCCACUGCAAGACUGGUAUAUGCAGCUCCAUGAGGGCCAAGUUUUACAGCGUGGCCCAGGAGGCCGGCUUCUGUCUUCAAGACAAGAUGGAAAUCCUCAUGAAGCGCCAAGAAGAGAGAGGUCUCCAGAAGUUCCAUUCUUUUGUCAUUGUCUCGAAUUUUAAGAAGGAUAUAGCAAAAAUGAGGCAUCAAGUCUCCACGGUAAAAGGAGAUGCAGAAGAAAUUGCAGACCACUGGUACUUUGAUCUGCUGUCCAAACUCCCUGAGGAUCUGAAGAAUUUCCGCCCCGCCAAAAAGAUCCUGGCGAAACUGCAGAAGUUUGGGGAAAACCUGGACCUCAGGAUCCGGCCCCAUGUCCUCCUGAAGGUGCUACAGGACCUGAGGAUCUGGGAGCUGUGCUCUCCGGACAUUGCUGUGGCUAUCGAGUUUGUACGUGAACACAUCAUCCAUAUGUCUCAAGAGGAUUAUAUCACCUGGCUGCAGAACCGGAUCAAUAUCCCCAUCCGAUCCCAAAGUCUCCGGGCAUAG